AUGAUCCCUGAAAAUGCAGUCGAGAUGGGGAGGAGGCAGCUGAAUGUGGAGGAAUACAAGAAAAGGAAAGAGAAGAAAGAAAUAUGGAAUAAGCCAAGGAAGAAAAAAAGGGGACAUAUGCUUAAUAUGUGGUGUCAAAAGGUCCAUAAACCCAUCUCACAGUGGAUCCUUCCUGCAGAUGCUCGAGGAAUCUACCAGCAGAGAGCCAGAUGUCUCCCUCCCCCUGUGUUCAUUGCCAUCAUCAGCAUCCUCCAGCUUGUUAUUUUUGUUUACUAUGCCUUCUGGAAGCCCCAAGAACAGUGGGACAGUCCAGACAUAGGCAUCUGGGAGAGUCCAUUCAUCUAUCGUCCGGACAAGAGGAAACAGGCUUGGAGGUUCAUCUCUUACAUGAUGGUGCAUGCUGGGUUUCAGCAUAUUUGUGGAAAUGUACUUAUGCAGCUUCUUUUGGGACUUCCCUUGGAAACGGUUCACAAAGGUCAUCGAGUGGCGCUGGUCUACCUGUCAGGAGUGAUCGCAGGAUCUCUUGGGAGUUCCGUCUAUGAUCCCCUCCAAGCUCUAGUGGGUGCUUCAGGAGGAGUCUAUGCCCUCACGGGAGGUUAUUUUAUGAACGUUUUAGUGAAUGUUAAAAACAUGGUUCCUUUGUUUGGACUCUUCAGACUAAUGCUCCUCUUGUUCAUUGUUGUAUUUGACAUGGGAUUUGCCCUCUACAGAAAAUUCAUUGCUCCUGCAAGUGGGCCCCCGGUGUCCAUUAUAGUUCACAUUGCUGGUGGCUUGGCUGGGAUGACUGUAGGUUACACUGUAUUUAGUUGCUUUGAAAAGGAACUGCUGAAAGACCGGAUGUUCUGGGUUGCAAUCACUGCUUAUUUUGUUUGUGUUUUAUUUGCUGUGUUUUUUAACAUCUUCUUAUCACCAGCAGACUGA